AUGGCCAAGAAGCCGAAGAUCGAUACCCCCAGAACGGAAACAAACAAUCUUGCGGCGAAAGACGAGCAGACUGUGACCGCAAUGUUUAUUGCUCUAGUCAGGGAGUUAAGUGCGUUAGCGACCCAGACACCUCACACCUGGACCAUUGAAAGAAUUAAUUUCCGAGCUACUUUCAAGUUAAAACAGCACAUGACUGCGGAAGUUGAUGGUGCAUUUUGGGAUCGUGAUACCCGGCUUACUAAAAGCAUCUUUGAGGCGAAGCGGAAACAAAGGGCUGAUAUUUUCGAUACUGUUCGGAUGCAGGAAGGUGCAGAGCUCGCUGCUUGGUACGCGGUGGCUGAUUACAAUAGCUUGCCUGGUCUGAACGGGCGCCGGAUCCUUUUUUCACUGAAUUGGAAGGAAGCUUGGGUCACCUUCGCAACCCCUGGUAGCAAAUACCGGGAGUACCUAUCAAACGGAAGUUUCGAAAAGGGCCGUCCCGAGUACUAUCUAAAGCUAUAA